AUGCAGCCACUCGACGUCUACUCGCUGCCGAAGACCCCCCUGCCCCUCCCCGAGAGCAUCGUCCUGUAUCAGUACGAAGUGUGUCCCUUCUGCUGCAAGGUCAAGGCCUUCCUUGAUUACCACAAGAUCCCCUACGCCUGCGUGGAAGUCAACCCCCUGACCAAGGCGGAGCUGAAGUGGUCAGAGUACAAGAAGGUCCCCGUCGUCGUCAUGGACGGCGAGCAGUUCAACGACUCCUCCGCCAUCAUCUCGCGCCUGAGCGCCAGCGUGGGCCGGGGCGCCGCCACCCCGGCCCCCGCCGCCCCCGGCGGCUGGAGGUCGUGGCUGGGGCAGGGCAGUGCCCCGACGUCCUCCCCGCCCGCCCGCAGCGGCACGCAGGGCUCGUCGGACGAGGAGACAUGGCGGCGCUGGGUGGACUCUCGCUUCGUCCGGGUGAUCACCGUGAACAUCUACCGCAACGCCCGCGAGUCCUGGCAGACGUUUGACUACAUCGCGGAGCACGGGAACUUUGGGUGGGUGCAGCGAGAGGCUGCGCGCGUGGCGGGGGCGGGCAUGAUGUGGGCCCUCAGCGGGCGGCUGAAGAAGAAGUACGGCAUCGACGGUGACUCGCGCAAGGAGCUGUAUGCGGUGAGCGAGCCUGGGCUGACGUCGGACGCAGAGUACUGGGUCCGUGGGUUGCAGGGGCGCACAUUCCACGGUGGCGACGCUCCAGACCUGGCGGACCUGGCAGUUUUUGGAGUCAUUCGCGCGGUGGCUGGGACCGACACGUUCAAUGAUCUCAUGCACGGGACCAAGAUUGGCACCUGGUAUGAAGCAAUGUUCAAGGCAGUGGGUGGGAGUGCCCGCCGCCAUGCCUGA